CCCACUGGAAAGGACACAAAAACAAUCUACAGCUCUCAUGCGGUAGGAUAUAAACAGGACGACAUAAACCGAUUUUAGAUAGUAUAUACGUUUUCACCGACACCGCAGAAGGAGAAAUGGUUUCUCCAGUAACAGUGGUCAAGAGUGAAGGCCCGAAGCUUGUGCCGUUCCUCAAGGCAACCUGUGUAUACUUUGUCCUGUGGCUGCCUACCUCAAGCCCAUCCUGGUUCAGUGCCCUGAUUAAAUGUCUGCCCAUCUUCUGCCUCUGGGUCUUUCUACUAGCACAUGGCUUUAGCUUCCUGUGUGCUCAUGCCAGUGCCCGCAGGAUCUUGGCUGGCCUCAUCUUUUCUGCUCUGGGUGAUGCCUUUCUCAUCUGGCAGGAGCAGGGCUACUUCGUCCAUGGCCUCCUGAUGUUUGCCAUCGCCCACAUCCUCUACUCGUCCGCCUACGGGAUGAAGCCCCUUAACUUGUGCGCUGGCCUUGUGUAUACUGCUGUGUCCUCUCUGAUCUACAUCCUGCUGUACCCCUACCUGUGUGGCCCCUUCACCUACCUCGUCGGCGUCUACACCAUUCUGAUUGGCUUCAUGGGCUGGCGGGCCACCGCAGGCCUGCAGCUUGCCAACGACCUGUGGACCUGGACCAAGCUGUCCGCUUGCAUUGGCGCUGUGCUCUUCAUUGCCUCCGAUGUCACCAUCGCUGUCAACAAGUUCUGCUUCCCUGUGCCCUAUUCACGCACUAUCAUCAUGGCCACCUACUAUGCUGGCCAGAUGCUGAUAGCACUGUCAGUUGUUGAGUGCCAAGAUGUGGAGGUGGCCAGGAAGAGAAUAUGAGGUAACAAGGUGUCUGCAGCGACCGGGCAUGAGGCUGGGAAAGUGGCAGCUGAUCCUCCUCAGGCCCUCAGUGAUUAUGGACACAUCUCACUACCAGGUCCCCAGUCCUCAGCCCUGGUGUGGUGUUCCCACACUAUCAUUACCAUGGCAGCUGGUCCACUACAGCCUUCACAUGGCUAUUGCCUUACUGCCCCACCAGUAGAGAAAGAUAUAAUAUAUUAGGUCUUUGCUGACAACAGUCCUGUCUGGCUCCUCCAAUCCUAGAAUGGUUGUCUCUCUUCCCUAGUUACCAUGGAGACACGUGUAGUAAUAUUAACCUGCUAUAUGUAGAGUAAUACUUCUAACUGGUAUGUUUUAAUUUAAGGGGAACAUGCCAGUGGGGACCUUCAAGGAGUGUGCAUGGGAGAGUGAUUGUGUGUGUGUGUGUUUAUGUGUGUUAGAGUACCAGUCUUACUUUGCUCUCCACACAGUACCAUUACAGUCACCACACUGACAACACACACGUCUACUUUAUGUGGUCCAAUAAUACAGUGUAACCCCUAAUUUCUGCCAUUUGUUUUGCUGCCUGAGACCUUGUUAGAAAUUUUUUUUUUUUUGGACUUUACUGACUUACCUGUGUUGAUGCUUUGUGUUUUCCUGAUUUAAGGGUGCUGUUCUUAAAGCCAGGAACAUAUCCACACCCGAUUUUUCUAUCUGCAGUCCCUUCCAUUUCAUUUAGGGAAACUACACUGCCAUUCAUUCACUCACUGUCUCUGUGAAUUUUUUGUCUGUUAGAAUGUUCCUGAAGAGACAAAGAAAUAAGGCGAUGAUGUGGAAAGACAGGGAGAGCAGGUUAUGUGACUACAAGAACCACUUGUAUUGUAGAUUUUAAUGGGAGGCAGAGAAGGUUGGAGUUAACUUCCUGUUAACUUUUUACUGGCAUCCUGCUGUGUAAACACAGCAAACACUGUGAUCAUAGAUGGCCAUUGUAGAAACAUCCCAUACAGUACACCAUAUUCUCCUUUUGGUGUGAAGCCUUUCAGAAGCUUUAUAAUGUUUUGCUUGCCAUUUUUUUUUUUUUUUUUUUUUAAAGAAACAUUGGUGCAGGUGUCAACAUGCUUACACACCUGACACUUACAGCCCCUGCUGAUUUAGUUAUUAGGACAAAGUCCACAGGGUUCCUGUUGCUGGAUUAUAUCAGAUGACCCAUGCUGUCAUUGGCCUGGGACUAUGUUUAUGUUAUGGAUACUGAAAAGAAGGGGCUAUGGUAUUACCUGGAAUCUUUUUAUCAACUGUGUAUGUGUGUAGCUGCAUCUCAGAAGGCAUUCACUUACUCUUAGUGACACACACAAAAACAUGCUCAUAAACAUAAAUAUUCUGUGACAGCCUGUCUGAACAUAAUGGGACAUAAGGGAACUGGCUUGUCAUAUGAGGGAAUAGUUAUCCUAUUACUCCCAGUAAUUCUCUCCAACAGGGCACUUCAUUAGAUGCAAAAUCCGUCACAGCUAAUCCCAGUCAGGGUGUCUGGUUGCUUUGUCUUUUCAUCUUUCACAAAUCCCCCCCCCC